AUGUCCUCAACGCAGCUCUAUGCAGGCCAUCCGCAUGUCCAUGCACCCAAUGAUCCGAAUGACAGCAUACAUGAUAAGUUGCGCAAGAUCCCGCCACCAUCGCCUCAGCAAGGGCCAUUGGGCCUGCCACAAAGCCCUGUAUCUCUGACGAGCUCACCUUUGCGGGCGCGAAGUCACUCUCGCGGCGCAUCUGUCGGCACUGCCACGUCGAUCGCGUCGGAUGUGAUCACAGAAGAAGGCGACGAGAAGGUCGCAAACAAAGAUCAGUUGCAAGUGCCUUCGCCGACCACCUCUCCGCG